UGUACUGGCUGACGGCGAUAUGGUGGCUCCACUGUGCCCAAAAGGGUAUUUCCCUUGUGGGAAUCUCAGCAAGUGCUUGCCCCGAGCCUUUCACUGCGAUGGCGUGGAUGACUGUGGGAACAGUGCCGAUGAGGAUGGUUGUGGUGACACUAGUGGAUGGACGACCAUAUUUGGCACAGUCCAUGGAAAUGUCAGUAAAGUGACAUUAACACAGGAGUGCUUUCUCAGCCAGUAUCCUCAACGCUGUUACUGCAGAGAAAAUGAACUGGAAUGUGUAAAUGCCAACUUAAAAGCCGUGCCAAAGGUUUCCAGCAACGUGACUUUACUAUCUCUUAAGAAAAACAGAAUCCACAGUCUUCCAGCCAAGGUUUUCAGCAAAUACACAGAACUCAAAAAGAUAUACCUUCAGCACAAUUGCAUCACACACAUAUCCAGGAAAGCAUUCUUAGGACUGCAGAAUCUACAAAUACUAUAUCUCAGCCACAAUUGCAUUACGGAUCUCAGGCCCGGAAUAUUCAAAGACUUGCGUCAGCUCACUUGGCUAAUUUUAGAUGACAACCCGAUCGCCAGAAUCUCACAGAGGUCUUUUACAGGAUUGAGCUCGUUGUUUUUCCUGUCCAUGGUGGGCAACCGGCUGGAGACCCUUCCGGACCGCCUGUGCGCCCAGAUGCCUUGGCUCAACUGGAUGGAUCUGGCAAACAAUGAGAUAAAGUACUUAAGGACCGCCACCUUCCUAACCUGCGACUCGCUCACGGUUCUGUUUCUGCCUAGAAAUCAAAUUGGGUUUGCGCCAGAGAAGACAUUUUCUUCAUUACAAAAUUUACGGGAACUGGACCUGUCCAGCAAUAUGAUAACAACACUCCCAGCUGGCCUUUUCAGUGACCUUCAUCUUCUCCAAAAGCUGAACCUGUCGUCCAACCCUCUUCUGUAUGUCCACAAGAACCAGUUUGGAAGUCUCAAACAACUUCAGUCUCUAGACCUGGAAAGGAUAGAGAUUCCGCACAUAAACACAGCGAUGUUCGACCCCAUGAGGAACCUCUCUCACAUUUAUCUGAAGAGCUUUCGCUACUGCUCCUAUGUCCCCCAUGUCCGAAUCUGUAUGCCCUCCACCGACGGUAUUUCUUCAUCUGAGGACCUCUUGGCUAACGGUAUCCUCAGAGUGUCUGUCUGGGUUAUAGCUUUCAUUACCAGCGUUGGGAAUUUCCUCGUCAUUGCUGUGAGAUCUCUCAUUAAGGCUGAGAACACUAUUCAUGCUAUGUCCAUCAAAAUCCUCUGCUGUGCCGACUGCUUGAUGGGGGUGUACCUCUUCUCCGUGGGCGUCUUUGACAUCAAGUACCGAGGGCAGUACCAGAAGUAUGCGCUGCUGUGGAUGGAGAGUGUGCCCUGCCGCCUCCUGGGCUUCCUGGCCACGCUGUCCACGGAAGUCUCCGUGCUGCUGCUGACAUUCCUGACCCUGGAGAAGUUCCUGGUGAUCGUGUUCCCGUUCAGCAACCUGCGCCUGCGCAAGCGCCAGACAGCGGCGGUCCUGGCCUGCAUCUGGGUGGCGGGGUUCAUCAUAGCAGCCAUUCCAUUCACCAGCGAGGACUAUUUCGGCAACUUUUACGGGAAAAACGGAGUCUGCUUCCCACUUCAUUACGACCAAGCAGAGGAUUUUGGAAGCCGAGGGUACUCCCUUGGGAUUUUCUUAGGUGUGAACUUGCUGGCUUUCCUCAUCAUCGUGUUUUCCUACGUCACCAUGUUCUGCUCCAUCCAGAAAACGGCCCUCCAGACGGCAGAAGUGAGGAACCAUAUCGGGAAGGAGGUGGCUGUUGCAAACCGGUUCUUUUUUAUCGUGUUCUCCGAUGCCAUCUGCUGGAUUCCCGUGUUUGUCGUUAAAAUCCUGUCUCUCCUUCAAGUGGAGAUACCAGGCACAAUCACUUCCUGGAUAGUGGUUUUCUUCCUUCCGGUAAACAGCGCCCUGAACCCCAUCCUCUACACUCUCACCACCUCCUUUUUUAAGGACAAGUUGAAACAGUUGCUGCACAAGCAUCGGAGGAAAUCGAUUUUCAAAGUUAAAAGGAAAAGUUUAUCCACCUCCAUUGUGUGGACAGAUGACUCCUCGCUUAAACUUGGAGUCUUGAACAAAAUAGCCCUCGGGGACAGUAUAAUGAAGCCAGCUUCCCCUUAGUGACUCUGGAUCACUGGACUUUGAGGGUACUACCCAAAACGAGGUUCAAUUUGGGGAACGUGGCAUCUUGGCCAGCAGCCACCCUUUCAGCAUCAAGGACA